AUGCGUUCGAUCCUGAGACGAACCCACGUCUCCUCCGAUCAAAUCAAUGCAAUAAUCAAAUCCGUCGCUCAGCAGGGCCACUUUCAGGAAGCCCUACAUUCAUACUCCAUUUCCCCAAUCGACAUCUCUAGGUUCGCUUUCCCCUCUCUCCUCAAGUCCUGCGCGGAUUCCCGCCAUGGCGAGGCACUCCACUGCGCCAUCUCCAAGAUGGGCCUCCACUUCGACCCCUACAUCGCCACCUCACUCGUGCGCAUGUACUGCAAGCGUGGGGCCCUCUCCAGCGCAGCCGAGCUGUUCGACGAAUUGUCCCAGCGCCAAGAUUUGGUUCGUGACGUGGCGCUGUGGAACUCCAUCCUCGAUAUGUGCUUCAAAUGCGGGGGUUUUGAGGAGGGCAUUGCCCUGUUUUCCCGGAUGCGAGCUUUGAAUGUGAAGCCCGAUGGUUACACUUUGUGUAUUCUUCUUGGAAGUUGUGGUUAUGUUUUUUAUGGGAAGGAGAUCCAUGGCUAUGUUGUGAGAAACAAUUUUGGUGAUGACCCUUUUGUGAUUACUGCUAUGAUUGGUAUGUACUCGAGUUUCGCUCGGCCGAUGGAUGCUUGGAAUGUGUUUGACAAUCUCUCAGAGAUUAACCAGAGUAUUACGGCCUGUAAUGCUAUGAUCAGCUGUUUUUCCAUAAACGGACAUUUUGAAAUUUGCCUGGAAUUGUAUUAUUCAGCGAAACGCAAGGGCCUUGAGAUGGGUUCUUCAACGUUUACGAGCGUGUUGACUGCUUGUUCACAUGGUGAGUCUCUGGAUUUUGGCCGACAACUGCAUUGUGAUGUUGUGAAAACGGGUUUCGAGCGUGAUUCUUAUGUUGGCACAUCACUCUUGACCUUUUAUGCCAAGUGUGGAUGUGUUGAGAGUGCAGAAAGAGUUUUCUGUUUGGCUAAAGAUUGUAGAGAAGUCGGGUUAUGGAAUAGUAUGAUCUCUGCUUAUGUUAGUAUUGGCCGUCCUGAUGAUGCUUUGGGUAUAUACAUUCGCAAGCGAAGGGAACAAAUUGUACUUGAUGCUUUCACUUUAUCAAAUGCCUUGGUAGCGUGCACUAUGAUUGGCUCCUACUGUUUGGGCCAGUUGAUGCAUGGGGAGCUUAUAAAAAGGCCUGUAAAAGAAAAUGUUGCAGUGCAGAGUGCAUUACUAACAAUGUACUCGAAGCUCGGGAGUGUAAAAGAUGCGUGUGAAGUUUUCGGUGAAAUGGAAGUAAAGGACAUUGUAGCUUGGGGUUCCAUGAUAUCUGGAUUUUGUGAGAAUAAAAAAUUCAAGGAGGCGUUGUAUUUGUACAAAAUCAUGAAAUCCGAUGGUAUGGAAUUAGAUUCUAGCAUUAUGGCUAGUGUAAUUACUGCUUGCGUAGGUAAUGUUGAUGAACAAUUUGGUUAUUGCGUUCACGGGCUGGCAAUUAAGGAAGGUUUGGACUUGGAUGCUUUUACAGGCAGUAGCCUGAUAGAGUUUUACUCAAAAUUAGGACAUCCCGAGAUAGCUAAGAAAGUAUUUUCCAACGUUUUGCGAAGGAAUCUUGCCCUUUGGAAUUCUUUAAUCUCGUGUUAUUCCGAAAAUGGCCUUCCAAAUGUCUCCCUCGACCUCGUCCCUCGAAUUCUCUCAGACGGCCUGUUUUUGGACUCGAUAACAGUGACCAGUGUACUUUCUGCAGUUUCACAAAUGGCAGCUUUGCUUAAAGGAAAGGCCAUACAUUGCUACCACAUAAAAUUAUUACAUAACCGUGAAGUUCAUGUUCAGAAUGCGUUGAUUGAUAUGUACUUAAAGUGCGGGUGCUUCAGAUAUGCACAAAAUGUGUUUGAUAGAAUGCCAAAAAGAGAUGUGGUGGCAUGGAACACGAUGAUAUCCGGUUAUGGAUCACAUGGCAAUUGCGAGAGAGCUAUUAACUUGUUCGUUGAAAUGCAAGAUUCAGGAACUCAACCUGAUGAAAUUACGUUUUUAUCCCUCAUUUCCUCUUGCAAUCAUAAUGGUUUUGUCAACGAAGGCCUGAAUCUAUUUCAAUCGAUGAGAGAACACAAAAUUGAGCCAAAAAUCGAACAUUACAUAAAUGUAGUCGAUCUCUUGGGUCGAGCUGGAUGCUUAGAAGAGGCAUUUAAUUUUAUAGAGAAAAUGGCUAUUGCACCCGACAGAAGUAUUUGGCUUUCCUUAUUGUCUGCAUGUCGAGUUCAUAAAAACAUCAACCUAGGAGAAUUAGCUGCGAAUAAUUUAAUUAAAUUGGAGCCUGGCAGAGGGAGCAAUUACAUUCCGCUGUUGAAUCUGUACGUGGACGAGGGACUAAAGGAUAAGGCGGCAAAUUUGAGGGCGUUAUUGAGACAGAAGGGAUUACUAAAGGUGCCUGGGUGCAGUUGGAUUGAGGUGAAGAAUAAAGUCCAUGUUUUUUUCUCGGGGGAUUCAUCUUCAGAAAGGAUAGCGGAGAUUUAUGAGAUUCUUGAUAAUCUUAGGAAUAGCAUGAAGAAAAGAGUGUGUUGUUUUGAAUCUGCAUGGAAAACACAUGUACUAUAA